ACCUGAACUUUCACUACAGAGCCACUUAAACUCGUUCCAUUCGUCAAGGAUAUUCUACCAGGGCUGCUGAUGAGUUCUGCGUAUCAUAACCAUCAAAGCACCCAAAUUUUGACAUCAACGAGAAGCAGCAAUGUCGGUACCCAAAUUAUUACAUUGCCCCACUCGAAUCAGACAGGUAUGGUCAGGGUAAAACGAGAACGCAGUCCAACACCACCUCCGAGUCUUUCUAGGCGUCUGGUUACUUCAGGUGCAAAAUGGUGCUUUCCUGUUCCGUCAAACUGUCAGAAAACAGCCCCCAAUUGGGCGAAUCACAGAAAAGAGUGGUUAGAGAGGGAACGGGGCGUUUUGAGGAGCUUGGGCGUGAAGACUGGUAAGGUGUACUUGAGGGAUGAUGGGCUGUCCAUCGAUUGGAUGAGUGACGUUCCGGUAUGGUCUGAUACGCUGCGGCCUGCCAGCGAACCGAAAGACUUGGCAUCUGCGAUUGAGAGGACACACACCGUCAAUGAGAUUUCUAGUCUACGCCUUCGACCCGCCCCCAAGGCACCUGUACGAGCACUUCCGCCACCACCCCGACCAAGCUUCAUUAUGAAUGGAACGACCAAUCCCUCACCAGCCCAGCGCCAGAAAAUGACUACUUCCCCUCCAUAUCCUAUUCCUCCUCCCAUGAUCGUGCCGGCCCCUCGAAGGUCUGCACGCGAAGUCGCAGUGCGAUCAAACUGGCACCAGGAUUCUUCCUCGAUUUCCAUUAAAAAUGAACCUUCAACCUGGUCUCCACUUGCCACAGGCGCCGAUAAUCGUGGCCGAUUUACUCAAAGUCAAGGCGGUGACACUCCUCUACCCAAUGUCACUACUCAUGUUCCUUUCGUUCCUGCAUUUCCAUCCUCAAUUCCAAGUGGCGUUCAAAAUCGAUUUACUCCGGGUCGAGGCAACGACACCUCUCAGCUCAGCUUUGCCACCCAAGUCCCUCCAGUUUCUGUGCCUUGGUCCAUAUCUCCCAGUGUCAUUGAUCAACCCACUCAAAGCCCUAGCCCCAAUGCCUCUCCUCAAGUUUCUCGCGUACCUUCACUUUCGCCGAGAAUGAGUACACCUGCUAUGCAACCCUCAAGGCCUCCGGAGAAACCAGAAACAUUACCCAACGCACCAACGACACAAGGAACAACUGGCUUUGACUUUAAUGCUGUGUUGCAUACUCCUGUGAAGCCAAUCACAGAACCAGAUCCCAGUAUGACAGAUAUUGAAGCUGCUAGCCUUGUUUACCUUAAGCGAUAUAUUCAAACUUUUGAUGCCGACCGUUCUAGUCUGGCGCCUGCCUAUUCACGUAACGCGUUUUUUUCAUACCAAUUUCAUGUGUCGCAGCCUGGGCACUCUCCUCUUACGAGAACGUCCUUCGUUCCAGAUUCUGGCAGCCGUAUACCAGCAAAAGGAGCCCAUAAUAUCAAACAGGGUCGCCUGGAGAUUAUGAGUGCAUUACUAUCCAUGGGCAAGCACAAGUUCUGUACAUCCGGUCCAUCUCACGUCCAAUUCGAUGUGAAAUAUCUUGGCGAGGUUGGCGUCCUCGUCGUUUGUAACGGUGAACUGAUGGACCCUCUGGAGCAGCAUCAGAAAAUAUUUUUAAGUCAGAGUUUUCUUCUCAGGAAAAAGGACGAAGAUGAGGAAGAUCGAGUGUCAGAGGAAGUUUGGCCUCUUGUUGCAGUAUCUCACCAAAUGACCAUUAGGGAACAAACCAGUGGUUGAAAGGUUUCCUUCACCGCGCAAGAGUGUAUUUGUGUAAGAGUAUGUUUCCCUCUAUUGUGCUGAUCGCGACAAGGUUAUUAGGUAUUAUUAUUUCCUCGUGUAUUGAUAUCAAUAAUAUUACCAAGAGUCAUGUACUAUCGUUGGACACCGGAUGCAACCGGUAAGAGAGAUGCACUUGGGCCUCCACAGGCUCAACAAUCGCUGUACAGGUAGCUGUAGCGACAACGAUAGACCUGACACUAAGCUUUUGAUCUCCAAAGGUGUGAAUUUUGAGGGAAAGAUGCCCAGAUUUGACCAGAUCUCGUGCUGGGAUUAUUGCGGUUUCGUCCAAGCUGAUUGGUAGUCUUGUCCGAACUAAGGGUGGCGUGCAGGAGCCCCCCAUUCGGUACCAAUAAAGCUUGAUCCGAGUGAUUGAACAGUCGGCUUGAGACGGCAUUGCAAUGUGCAUCA